AUGCGUUUUCCUGUUAUCAGUUUCCACAAAGAGCAUGUUGUGAAGCAGCUGCACAUACUUUUCCACGAAGAGCAUGUUUUGAAGCAGCCGCACAUCUGUGAUCAUGCUGCUAAAUCUCCUCAGGGAGGUUCGGAGCUCAGAAUUGUGAUCUUAGGAAAUGAUGAAGAGAAUAAAGUUGUCAAAUCAGUCCUAAACUGUGAGAAUCUGACCGGAGAGAAAGUUGGUCUCUGUACUUUACAUCAGAGUGAACGAGGAGGAAGGAAGAUCAGUGUUGUGGAAGCACCAGGAUGGGACAGACUCAGACCAGACAGGAUAAAAGAAGAAAUUGUCAGAAGCGUGUCACUUUGUCCUCCAGGACCUCACGCUCUGCUUCUGGUCAUACCAGUGAAAACUCCCUCUGAUGAACCUUCUGUAGGUGAAAUGAAUGCAUCAGAGAUGCACAUGAGGUUACUGUCAGAGCGCGUCCGGAAACACACCAUCGUGCUGUUUGCUUGUGAUGAUGGAGUGGAUCAACAAGCAAUCCAAAAACACAUUCACAGCGCAGAGAAAAUCCUGGAAGAGUGUGGAAGACGAUUCCAUGUUCUUCAGAAAAGCACUUGUGAAUCUCCCUCUCAGAUUCAUGAACUUCUUCUUAAGAAGAUAGACAGCCUGGUGGAGAAAAACCAUGGGGAUUUCUUCAAGCCACAAGCUAACUAUGAACUGAUCGAACAGAAGACAGAAGCAUCUGAGACUGUGACUGAGCUCAGGAAGAGACGUGGAAGUAUGGACAAUCCUUUUAACUUUAUCAAAAACACAGGAGAUUCAGAGAAGAAAGAAUCUGUAGAGACUCCCAAACCUUCGGAAGACAUGCCAAAAAUCACCAUGGACUUCAAACAGUUUGUGAUGAUAAUGAUGGGUGCAAUCGGAGCACUUCUCGGUGCAGUUGCUGGAGCUGAAAACAGAGUUUCAGGGUCUUGCUCUGGAUUAGGGUUUGGUGUCGUUGUAGCGGUUUUACUUGCAAGUUUCAUCGUGUGCAAUCGGAGCACUUCUUUAUUCACGCGCUUAUAUCCAAAGCGGUCUACACAAAGCUCAUCCUAA